AUGGAAAUGUGUGCAUCAUCAUCGACGAGGAUUUUUUUGCUUAUUCUCUUUAUCUUUCAUUUUUCACCCACAAUCACUGCUAUUAGGAAGGAUGUUAGUUUUCAAUCCCUCAGUUCCUGCAAAACUACCGUUCAAGGCAGAUACCUUCUUUCAGAUGACAACGGUUACGUGUGUAAUGCUGUGUCUGUUAAUUCACGCUCUCGUUGCUGCCCCCAGAGGGGGGAGAAAUUUUCUUGUCAUGGAUGCAAUCUUCUUUCACAAUGUUGCAACUCUUAUGAAUAUUGUGUUUCCUGCUGUCUCAAUCCUGCUUUGACAAGUAAGGAGCAAGUGCUGAAGUUGAAGGUUGCUAAGCCUGCUACUGCAAGGACUUAUAUAAGUAUUUUUGACUACUGUGCUAGUAGAUGCCGUCAUAGUUCUGAGAGUGUGGUCCAUGAAAAUGCUUAUAUUAGUGACUUCCACCACUGCUUUUCUCUGCCACUGAAUUCUUCAUGGGAAAAUAGUACUGUCAAAGAAACAAGACUAAGUGGCAUUAAUGUUGUUGUUGGGAGGCAAGGUGAAUCAUGUAAUUCUGUUUGCAAAUCAAGAGGAAAAUUAUGCGUCGCAAAUAAACUUGUGCUGCUUAAUAAUUGUGACAUUAUUCAGAAAUAUAUGAGCUGCAAGGGAUCUUGCUUGGCAAGUGUUGGAGCAGAUCAACCCGCUGAAGUUGUUUAUGAUGCCCCAAUGCAUCUGAAUCCAGGAUCAUGUUUGUUCACUGAUACACAGUCUGUUCUUUCUUGUGAUGGUUUACAUCAGCACACAAGGAGACUGUGCCCCUGUGCAUAA